UCCGUGCGGAGCUCACAGGCGCCUCUCCGCAGAUGGGUGACUGCUCCACUUCUCCCGCUCUUCUCCUCCCAAACACGGCGGCAGCUUCUUUCAGCUGUGUACCGCAGGCAGCAGCAGCCCCUGCGCCGAGCACAGAGGCAGGACUGACGGGAACCGCGCUCCAGGUGUAAGCUCAGCUCAGAAAACGCUGCUGCAGAGCUGAUCCCCGGGGAAAGAAACACAGGACGCCAUAUUUGAUUCCAUCAUCCAACUCCUCACAGCACGUAGCUGGGUGCUGUUCUCCUCCUCCUCCUCCUCUUCCUCCUCGCCCCUCAUUGUGUUCUGAUCCUCUUUAUUGUUGGAAGUUGAGUCGCCACCGCUGGGUUGCCCGCUCCCUACUUCCUCCUCCUCUCCCUUCCUGCCAUGUCCAACGACAGCGGCGUCCUCCACGUCUGGGAGGCCUCCGAUUGGGCAGACACCUCUCAGUGCCCUCCCUCAGUAGGCGGGGCAACAUUCCUCAUCGUGGCAUACAGCGCUGUCAUUGCCAUUGGGUUGCUAGGCAACGCAGGUCUGGUGUUCAUCAUUGCCCGGCAACAGGAGUUGCGCAACGUCACCAACAUCCUGAUCGCCAACCUGUCGUGCUCCGACAUCCUUAUGUGCAUCGUUUGUCUGCCCGUCACCGUCAUCUACACGCUGAUGGAUCGUUGGGUGCUGGGGGAGGCCCUGUGCAAGGUGACGCCCUUUGUUCAGUGCAUGUCGGUGACAGUGUCGGUCUUCUCCCUGGUGUUGAUCGCUUUGGAGCGCCAUCAGCUGAUCCUCCAUCCCACUGGCUGGUCCCCCGCCGCGGGACACUCCUAUCUGGCUGUGGGGCUGACAUGGCUGGUUGCCUGCUUCAUUUCACUGCCUUUCCUCUCCUUCAACAUCCUCACCAAUGACCCAUUCCAGAACAUCAGCCUCCCUGCCAACCCCUUCAGGGAUCAUUUGAUCUGUAUGGAGCUGUGGCCGUCAGACAAGCAUCGCCUAGCCUACACGACCUCGCUGCUUAUCUUCCAGUACUGCCUGCCCCUUCUGCUGGUGCUCCUCUGCUACCUCCGGAUCUUUCUACGCCUGAGACGUCGCAGGGACAUGCUGGAGCGCAGCAGGAGGACUCGAGGAGCCCAGAGGAUAAACGUAAUGCUGCUAGCCAUCGUCAUAGCCUUUGCUCUGUGCUGGCUGCCACUGAAUGUCUUCAACACUCUGUUUGAUUGGCACCACCAGGCCCUCCCAGACUGUCAGCACGACACAGUCUUCUCUGCCUGUCACCUGACGGCGAUGGCCUCUACCUGCAUUAACCCCAUCGUUUACGGCUUCCUCAACAGCAACUUCCAGAGGGAGCUGAAGUUGACACUGCAACGCUGCCAGUGCGGCAACCGGGCUACAGAGAGCUACGAGAGCUUCCCCCUAUCCACCGUGGGCAGUGAGGGCAUGACCAAAGCAACGUCACUCAACAGGAUGGGCUCGAUGUGCAUCCCCUCACCAAGACCUGAGAUUGGUUCAGCAAUACUUGCCAAGACAUUACCAGCUGCCACCUAAAAUCAAGGAUUAUGAGAACUGUCUUCUGACAGGUGGUUCAUCAGCGGUUCACAGCUGGAGGCAGUGUGCUAACAGCUGGCUGGGAUGGCUGUGUAAUCAAAUGCUGCUUCAUCUUGGCUUGGGUUCCAUCACUUCACUGCCAGAGAUAAACAGCUGAUUUGACCUGUCACCAAAUGUUUGGUGACAGGAAUGAAUGAAGAGGCUGAACGAUGCUGCUUUGAGUCCCGAACACGAGCAGGAAUCCUUGUUUAGAGUAACUCUACUGAGUGACAGAAGAGAGAGGAGGCAGGAGAGCUGGUAGCAGGGACUUUUCAGUAAGACAUGCCCCUUAGUUACUAUAACUAGGGCUAUUAGUUUUAGCUUUUCUCGAAUGUUGUUUGAGUGCUGCAACCAGUCAUUCUACAGCAUGUCAAAAUGGCAACAUUCUAACGACAUUCUAGUGUCAUAGACACAGUGGUGGGUUCUGUUGGUCAGUCUGUUGGUUGGACAGUCUGUCCACCAACAGACUGACUGACAGAACAAGCAGCUAACCAAAAGACCAUACAACCAACAGACUAACAAACCAGCUGACCAAAAGACCAUACAACCAACAGACCAACCAAUGGACGGAGCAGCUGAUCCACAGACCGUCCACCCGACAGACCGACAAGCUGACCUACAGACUGUCCACCCAACAGACCAACACACUGACCAGCUGACCGACAGACCAUCCACCCAACAGACCGAACAACAGACCAAAAAGCUGACCCACAGACGGUCUAACCAACAGAUGGACUGACCAAUAGACCGACCAGCUGUUCAAAAGAUCGUCCAACCAAAGACUUUGGUGUUGAAAGAAGUGAAAUCAGCUCACCUAACAGAGUGUCAGCAGCUGCAGCGCCAUAUUUUCUUCAAAUUUUUCUACAGACAGAACCAGUGGCCCCUCCCACUCUGCAAUGAAGCAGGGGAUGUUGGUGGAACCAGGUUACACUGCUUUGAAGUUUUUUUUUGUGCAAAGAGCUCAGCAGGAGCACAGACUGUUACUGCUGCUGAAAAAUGUACUAAAAACUGAAGGAAACUAACAAAAUCAAGUUUAAAAAAUGGUUCUAUUACCGAAGCCAAUGUGAGAUCUCUGGCUAUCUCUGCCAACAUUUACUGCCAAAAUUCUUUUGCAGUUCUUCAGUUUACUUUCAGACACAAAUUAUUUAGUGUUGCACACAGGUGUUGAUUUGAUGAGAUGAAAUGACGACUGUGACUGACAGUUGUAUAAAAUCACCUAGCAAUCGGGUUAACAUUUGAGACCAUUUUAAGUAGCUGAGUAAAAGCUGUAAAAGUUAGUAGUAGGUCCCAGGUAAAGUGUCAGCAUUUUUAUUAAUCCUUUAUUUAUCCAGGUAAAAAAUCUCAUUGAGAUUAAAAAUCUCAUUUCCAAGAGAGACCUGGCAUCAUAGCAACAAAAUAGGUAUGUGGUAUGUGACUUUUUCUAUCUUGAACAGCAUAGAAAUAAAACCAGAGCUCUGUCACAGCAUGCCAGUGUUGCAGGCUGUUUUAAAGCAGUUAAAGUAGAUCUGUCCCGUUCUCUCUUAUUGUCUGUCACAUAUAUCCUUUUCAUUUUAAACAUCACCAAAAUUUCAAAUAUUGUGCUCAGAGUAUGUAGAAAUAAUCACUGAGGCUGUGCACAGCUCUAAAUUAAUUUAAUCUUUUUUCUCUAUUCUUAGAACUGUAUUUGAUGCCACAGACAGAGAUGAUGUCCUUGAAUAGUCAUCUCAUUUCACCCACUUCUGCUAAAGGGGGGGGCAGAAAUUAAAUGAAUGUUGGUUUACAUUACAGGGAAUGAAGUGAAGGCCUAAUGUUUAAUUAAUAGUGGUUCAUUUGAGCUACUCUGGCUCAAGAUUAAUAAUACAUAACUCAGAAUUAGGAUAAGAGGACCCUUUCAACACAGAAGUCAUUUUAAUCUCUUAGUAUAGACAUGCCUUGUAUUAAUGGUUUGGGGUUUAGUUGAGUUACGUUAGGUUAGGUUCAGUUGAGUUCAGUUGAUGAGUUCAGUGAGGUGGGGUGUGGUUGAGCGAGGUUGAAUUGAUGAGUUGGGUUGAAGUGAGUUUGGUUGAGUUGGGUUAGGUUAGUGUAAACGAUGUGCAACAGACCCGACCACAUCUCAGCGCUUUUCUGCGUACACUUUUCUUUAUUGCGAUUACUGUUCAUAACAAUACUCACACUGCAGCUUUCCAGCUCACAGGAGAAGAUUAGUAACUUACAUGCAGUGGAAAACAAUAUGGUUGCAGGUUAUAUGGUCAUAUGGUUAACAAUUGCAGAAGUUGUUAAUAAAAUCCACUGAGUGAGUGACUCUGUGCUAAUGUUAGCGUUUAUAUACUUGAGCCGAUUUUGUCCUAAUUUCAGUGACUGCAUCUUAAAUAACAUUUUUAAAGAUGUUGUUUAGCCUUAUUCUGUGCUGAAUGAAAAGAAAUGUUUCACACUCAGUUUGUAGCAGCUUCACACACUCUUACACUAUUCUACUGUUCAUGUCAGAUGUACUGUUAUAGUUACAGUUACUAUUACACUUACAGUUAUCCAUCCCUGUCUUUCUUCCUUUUUGUUAAAGCAUAAUUUUUAUUUCUUAUAUCUCUAAAAUCUCCUCCUGUCUUUUGCAGAUGGAAAAUAAUGCAGUUUUUGGGAUUCUUUCCAGUACGGGUUUUCAAUUUGAUCAACAUUUGAGCAAUUUUAGAAGCUAUAAAUUUUCCAUACAUCCGAAUGAUAACAAAUGUUAAAAGACCCAGUUUCUAAUCUCCUUCUUAAAAAAUAAAACCUAUCUGGCUGUGCAUGUUUGUUCUCUCUGUGGAGUCAUUUCUGUUUUAAACUCAUUUCGUUUUUGGUUCAAAUGACCAAACGUGGGACCAAAUUCUUCUUUCUCAUAUAACUGGGGAUGAGUUUCCUCUGUCAGCUUCUUCAUGCCAUUUAAGUGAGAAAGGUGUAGUCUGUGUGGGGCUGUUGGGUAAUGUAGUGCAGAAUGU